AUGUCUUCUACUACUUCUACUUCAACUAUAAUAGAUGAACAACAACCAGUUGCAGUUGAACAACAACAAGAUAUAAAAAAAGAAGAAACAACAACAACAACAAAUAAUAAUACUUUUAAAGAAGAAUUAAAUAUAAUUGGAAAGAGUGAUAUGACACCAGCAUCAAGAAAAGAAGUAAAGAAUAUAUCGUUGACAUGUGUUAAUUUAGUAUUGACAGUGUUGGGAGUAGGAUCAAUGGCCACGCAAGGCAACACUGUCAUGGAGGUACUCGAUCAAUCAGUAGAAACACUGCUCAUUGGUAUUGCACCAAAGAUGUGGGCUACUCUUUCACCACAACAUCGUCAAUUGACCAUGUAUGUUGCAGUCUCUUCCUAUAUCGUCGGUGGCAAGGCAUACAUGUGUGAUGCUUUGAUGACAGUAUGUCACAAGGAAUUAGAAUCAAUGAUCAAAUCUCGUACAAUGCCAAACAAGAUAAGUGAAAUCGUCAAACGUGCAAACGUAAUCAUAUCAGUAUUUAAAAAACAAGAAGAAGCAAAAGCAAAAAAAGAAAAAGAAGAUGCUAGAAGAGCUGGAAGAAGAUAUUAA